AUGUCUAACUUGACCAUCUCCACGACUGAAUUUCUUCUUAUGGAGUUUUCUGACACCAGAGAGCUGCAGAUCUUAUAUUCUUUCCUUUUCUUUCUCAUUUACUCAGCAGGCCUGAUGGGAAAUCUCCUCAUUGUCAUCAUCACCACCAUUGACAGAAGACUCCACACCCCCAUGUACUUUUUCAUUAGGAAUCUGUCCAUUGUGGAUGCCUGCUUCAUAUCAAUAACUGUUCCCCCAGCAUCCAUUAAUGCUCUGGUAAACAACAGGAUUAUUUCAGUUACUGGAUGUGCAACUCAGAUAUUUCUGCUAGUCUGGAUGGCCUAUGUUGAGUACACUUUGCUCACUGUCAUGGCCCGUGAUCGCUAUGUUGCCAUCUGCCACCCACUUCUCUACCCAAUGAUCAUGAACCCUCGUGCCUGCAUGCAAAUGACCUUAACCUGCCUGUUCACUGGUCUUUUGUAUGCAGGUCUCCAUACUGGUUUGACAUUCCAAUUGUCUUUCUGCAAUUCCAAUGUGAUCCACCAGUUCUUCUGUGACAUCCCCUCUCUACUGAAGCUCUCUUGCUCAGAGACAUUCUACAAUAUGGGAUCUUUACUCGCCUCUGUGCUGGUGGUUGGAGUUGGCUGCUUUGCCUUCAUCACUGCAUCUUACAUUCGUAUAUUUUCCACUGUGCUCAGAUUUCCAGUGAAAGAAGACCAAAGAAAAGCCUUCUCUACUUGUAUCCCCCAUAUUAUUGUAGUUUCUUUGUUCCUUAUUUCAAUCUCUUACGUGCACCUACAACCACCCUCAGAUUCUGAGUCAAUUAAAGAUAUAAUCAUUUCAGUAUUCUAUUCCAUAAUACCUCCCUUUCUGAACCCUAUUAUUUACAGUCUAAGGAAUAAGCAAAUAAAAGAGGCUGUAAGAUUAGUAAUGAGGAGAUUGCACUUGUUAAUGAAUAAAGCAUAA